AUGGCUACGUUGAGGAUAUUCCAACGACAGGUCACCGACGAGAACGAUAACGGCAAUGCCGACAAUGAUUACUGGUGGUAUGGUUCUACCGCCUAUGUCAUCAAAUGGGCUGUGAUUGCGGCCAUCCUGUUUGCCUGUUUUCUCUACUUCUUUGGAGGCUAUCUACACGCCAGGAGCCGAAUGCGCAAAGGUCUUCCUCCUUUGGCAUAUCAUAGGUGGCUCGUUCCUCGUCGACAACGACUGGCCUUCGCACAGCAACACCCAGAACACGCCAACCAAUUCUCUUUCUACAGAAACAGGCAGUCUCCUUACGGCUACGGUCAAGCAUAUCCAAUGGCCGCCUAUGGACCACCUCCUCCUGCCUACACCGAGCCAGACUAUGUGCCCGCAUACACACCUCCAGCACCAAACAAGGUAGAUCCUGAUCAGAACUACUCUCCACCACCUGGACCACCUCCGUCGAAUACUGGUGCUUCCGUGGCACCACUGACUGACGGUCCCAGUCAGCCACCCAGAGCUCACUUCCUGGCUUGA